AUGUCGAAAAUCUCAAAUCUAGACUACGCAGCUCUUAAUCUCUCAGGAGAUAACUACUUACAGUGGGCGCUAGAUACAAAGAUCAACCUGAGAUACAGGGCGAUUAGUAUUAUACGCCAUCACCUCAUGGAAGGUUUAAAGGAUCAGUACUUAACAAUGGAAAAUCCACUAGACCUUGGGACUGCUUUACAGCGUAGAUAUGAUCACCAGAAAACGGUGCUACUUCCAAAGGCUAGAUAUGAGUGGAAGAAUCUCAGAUUCAUGGACUAUAAGUCAGUGGAUGAAUACAAUUCUGCUAAUAAUGAACUCCUGAUGAAGAACAGUGAGAUGAGACCUCCAGGUUCAGCACCAUUACCAGAAGCUCACAAAGCUGAACAUGAAAAGAAAGAUCCCAAAGGAAGCAACCACGUCUAUAAUGAGAGAAGAACACACGGUAGAGGCCGUGGUGGGUACAAGGGACGUGGUGGCCGUGACAAUCAUGCAUAUGGCCGUGAAAAUUAUGCUUAUGGUCGUGGAUAUGGAAACCACAAUAACCGUGGUCGUGGUUCCAACCAUGGCCGUGGAAGAGCCAAUUUUGGCCGCGGUCGAGGCGGUAUAUCCAAGCCGUCUUACUUGACCAAAUCCGUUUGUCACAGGUGUGGUGCGAGUAGAACUCCUAAACAUCUAUGUGAACUCUAUCAAGAGAGUCUUAAGAACAAGAACCCAGAAGCUCAUAUGGUUCACGACAAUGGGUAUGAUGCUGAUGAUGAUUUCGACCAUGAAAAGGAUGAUCCAAUGGAUCAUGAGACAUCAGAUUGUCUUAAAGACUAA